CCCUUAAAAUACUCCUCCCACUCCCAUUUUUCCCUUAGAAGAAAUAUAUAGCCUCCCUCUCUCCCUCUCUCUCCCUCCCUCCAUCUCUCUCUCUCAAUCCCUCUCUGUACCUCCCUCCCUCCCUCUCUCUCUCUCUCUCUCUCUCUCUCUCCCUCUCCGUUCGGAUAACUGAGGAGUAGGACGGUCGUGAUGGCGCUGAAAGUUCCAUUGCCCCCGGAGAUUGGAGGGAUCUCAUUCUUGGAUUCAAGAAGAGGAACCUUCCAACAGCUCAAAGUGGGAUUUCCUUUGAGAAGGAAGGGUUCAGGUUCAUCAAGGAGAACAUGCUGCUUAAUGCAGCAGGCUCCACCGCCGGCCUGGCCUGGCCGAGCUGCUGCAGAAUCAAGACAAAAGUCAUGGGACGGUCCAAAGCCUAUCUCAAUUGUUGGAUCUACUGGUUCGAUUGGAACUCAGACAUUGGACAUAGUGGCUGAAAAUCCAGAUAAGUUUAGGGUUGUUGCUCUUGCCGCUGGCUCUAACGUGACGCUCUUAGCUGAUCAGGUUAAACAAUUCAAACCUCAAUUGGUCUCUGUAAGAAAUGAGUCAUUGUUUGGGGAACUAAAAGAAGCUUUGGCUGAUGCAGAACACAAACCUGAAAUUAUUCCUGGGGAGCAAGGUGUUAUAGAGGUUGCUCGCCACCCAGAUGCUGUUACAGUAGUCACAGGAAUAGUAGGAUGUGCAGGCUUAAAGCCUACUGUAGCUGCAAUUGAGGCUGGAAUUGACAUAGCCUUGGCGAACAAAGAGACUCUUAUUGCAGGUGGUCCUUUUGUGCUUCCACUUGCACACAAGCAUAAAGUGAAAAUACUUCCUGCUGAUUCAGAACAUUCUGCCAUAUUCCAGUGUAUUCAAGGUUUGCCAGAGGGUGCACUUCGACGCAUAAUUUUGACCGCAUCUGGAGGAGCGUUCAGGGAUUUGCCAGUUGAAAAGUUAAAAGAGGUGAAAGUUGCAGAUGCUUUGAAACAUCCAAACUGGAAUAUGGGGAAAAAGAUCACUGUGGAUUCUGCUACCCUUUUCAAUAAGGGGUUAGAAGUUAUUGAAGCACACUAUCUAUUUGGGGCUGAGUAUGAUAAUAUUGAGAUUGUGAUUCAUCCACAGUCCAUCAUUCACUCUAUGGUUGAGACACAGGAUUCAUCUGUUUUGGCUCAGUUGGGAUGGCCUGAUAUGCGCCUACCUAUCCUUUAUACAAUGUCUUGGCCAGAGAGAAUUUAUUGCUCUGAGAAAACAUGGCCUCGACUUGAUCUUUGCAAGCUUGGUUCAUUGACAUUUAAGGCUCCCGAUAAUGUGAAAUACCCAUCCAUGGAACUUGCCUAUGCAGCUGGGCGAGCUGGGGGCACCAUGACAGGAGUUCUUAGUGCUGCUAAUGAGAAGGCAGUGGAGAUGUUCAUCAGUGAGCAAAUCGGCUACCUGGACAUUUUCAAGGUCGUGGAGCUUACAUGCGACGCUCAUCGGAAUGACCUGGUGGCAAACCCUUCCCUUGAGGAGAUCAUACAUUACGACUUGUGGGCUCGAAAGUUUGCAGCUAGUUUUCAACCAUCAUCCGGCUUGAGUCCUGUUCCUGCAUAAGUAGUCCAGAUGAGCUAGAAUGCUGUGGUGAAUGGGACCCCUUAAGGUGCAUGAUAGAUAAUAGGCCCUUGUCAACUUGUUCUUGGGUGUCAUCUUCAUUGCCAGAGUGCAUGAAAUGAUGAAGCACCCAUCAUGUAUUGGAACAAGAAAAGAUGCAAGGGGAAUUUAUUUAUCUCAAUCUUUUUAUGCA